AUGCGCUGCAUCAACAUUCUUUCUGUAGUCAUUGCUGGCGUAGCCAGAUUGACGGCUGCCGAUUCCUCUGUCAUGACUCCGGGAUCUUCGGCCACUACCAGUCUCGGCACGACGCCAACCUCAACGGCUACUUGCAAUCCCUGCGCCAAGAUUAGUGCACAUUGGGCAGAGCACAAUAGGCAGAACAAGACGACUCUUCCCACGGUCAAGGCGUCACUUGCCCACGAAUGCCUUAAAUCCGUACCGCUAGGUCAACACGAAGCUGUGCAGCUGAUUGAUGCCAUUGAACCUUAUCUUGAGUGGCAGAGUGACGCGGCUUAUAAGAAGGACCCUCCUGAAUCGUACUUUUAUCCAGGCUUUGAUAUUUUUGGCAACCUAGCCAAGGUUCGGUCAAAUGUACAAGCUGGAAAAUAUUCAAACGAGUUCGACUUUCAGACCGACCUUUAUAAGCAGGUCUGGGCCCCAGGCCAUGAUGGCCAUUUUUACUUUAAGCCCGACUUGUUGCAUAGAGCCUUUCGUUGGUAUCGUAAUGUUUCGAUUGUUUCUAUUAGCGAGAAUGGAGAGGCCUUGCCUACUAUUAAGCUUCAGACCGACGUUCUUGCCAACCCAAAAACUGCCCAGGCUCUUACCAAGAUCAAUGGUAUUAAUGCAACCAAGUAUAUCGAGGACACUGCCAAUGCUGCCAGCCUUUUCCAUGACGCCGACGCAUCCUACAACUCCAUGUUUUGGUCGAAACCAACUGCUGCUAAAGGCAACGUUGGUGACUUCUUCGGCGCCUACAGCUUUUUGUUCUACCCUGGUGAUACUACAAAUCUAACGUACGCCAACGGUACAACUAUAGAGGUAGAAAAUAAGGCCGUGAUCGAUGGGAAUAUGACAGGCGUCGUUGAUGGACCUUCCAUGUACAAAAGGUUUUGUUCCCCUCUUCCGCUUCAGCCUGCUGCAGCCUCCGCCAAUACCAACACAACUAUAAACACCAUCACCAACGUUACUAUUCCUGGCUAUCCCACUCCUGUUAUCAUCUCCCCCGAUCGCACUAUCUCCGGCUACUAUCUCAGCGGGCCGGGCCUUGAUAAUGUGGCCGUGAUCUAUUUACAGUCGUUCCCGGUGAGCAAUUUCGCCGAGUUCCAGACUGCUAUUAGCGACUUCUUACGAAAGGCCAAGGCCGCAGGCAAGACGAGGCUUAUUAUCGAUUUGCAGGGUAAUAAAGGCGGUGCUGUUUUACUUGCUUAUGAUUUCUUCCGACAACUAUUCCCGUCUAUUGAACAGGACGGUAUCUCCCGCUGGAAGCUAAGCAAGACUUUUGAGCACUUGCCCCGGGUCGUGUCUGAGCUUAUCAAGGAUAUUGAUCCUGCGACGGAGACCAAUUUGGAGUUGCGUUCGCUAUACUAUACCCCUUGGAGCUAUCGACAUAAUCUAAACAUCAGCAACCACAAUUUUGAAAAGUUUGAGGAGAAAUACUCUCCUCAUACCUACAAAAAUACCAAUUACAGCAACCUUAUACGAAUAAACGUUGGCGAUCCCUUGACUACUACUAAGCUCUUGGGCAUUGACAUUUCUGGCUACGGUACACGCACCAACCUAACUCAGCCAUUCGAGGCCGAAAAUAUCGUUCUUCUCCAUGACGGUCUCUGCGAAUCGAGUUGCAGUACAGUCUCUACAUUACUCCGCCACCAAGGCGGUGUUAAAUCUAUCGCCAUGGGUGGACGUCCUAAUCAGGGCCCCAUGCAAGGCGUUGGCGGUGUCAAGGGAGCAGAAGGCCUUUAUUUUAACCAGAUCUAUCAGUAUAUUAAUUCUGUGUCCCGUUUUACCACCAACAGCACUGUCAAGUCUGGGCUACAACGGUUUAAAACUUUACCAAUGGAGCGUUCUGUUGCUGCUGGUAUCAACGCCCAGGACCAGAUUCUACGCGAUAACAUCAAUGAUGGUAUCCCUUCUCAGUAUAUUACUGAGAAGGCUGACUGUCGCUUAUACUGGACUGCACCUAUGAUUUCUGACGUCACCGAGAUCUGGAAGUCGGCUGCUAACUCUGCUUUUAACGGGGCUAAAUGUGCCUAUGGCGGUAUUUCUACGUCCAAGGCAAAGCGCGGAAACAAAGCUCCUCCCGUACACGGUCUCAACUAA